AUGAUCGACUCCAAAUCAACAUCGCCCGAGGCGCUUGCCUCCCUCGACCUCGAGGCCACCAGUCGAGAGUCCGACGCCAAAAGAGUCAACCCCAUCUCAGGAGCCGAGGCGGCGACCGAGGCGGAACUCAACAUGGGUUUGUUGCAAUCCAUCAAGCUGUACCCGCAAGCCAUCUUCUGGUCCAUGUUUUUCAGUACCGCUGUCAUCAUGGAAGGCUUUGACAAGACUCUUCUGAACAACCUCUACGCCUACCCGGUCUUCCAGAGGAGGUUUGGCGAGCUCCAGCCCGACGGCUCCUACCAGCUUACCUCGGCCUGGCAGUCCGGCCUCAGCAACGGCGCUCUGGUCGGCGAGAUCUGUGGUCUCUUCCUCAACGGUAUUAUCGCUGACAAGUUCGGUUACCGCAAGACCAUGAUCGGUGGUCUGAUCGCUGUAACAUGCUUUGUCUUCAUCCUGUUCUUCGCCCCGAACCUGCCUGUGCUGUUGGUAGGAGAGAUUCUCAUUGGUGUUCCAUGGGGCAUCUUCCAGACCUUGACUGUCACCUACGCCUCCGAAGUUUGCCCUACCCAUCUGCGAGCCUACCUGACCACCUACGUCAAUCUCUGCUGGGUCAUUGGCCAACUGAUUGCCAGCGGUGUUCUCCGCGCCAUGGUCGAUCGCACAGACGAAUGGGGAUACAGGAUUCCGUUUGCCCUGCAGUGGAUGUGGCCAGUUCCCCUCAUCAUUGGCAUCUUCUUCGCCCCCGAGUCCCCCUGGUGGCUUGUACGCAAGGAGCGUCUCGAAGAUGCUAGGGAAGCGGUCCUCCGUCUGACCUCGAGCAACGUCAUGCAACGUGGAGGCUUCAACCCCGACGAGUACAUCGCCAUGCUGGUCAAGACCAACGAGACGGAGAAGGAAAUAAACGCCGGGACGACCUACGCCGACUGCUUCAAGGGCACUGAUCUCCGCCGAACCGAAAUCGUCUGCGGUACCUGGGCCGUCCAAACACUUUGCGGCUCGACCUUCAUGGGCUUCUCGACCUACUUCUUCCAGCAGGCCGGUAUGGCGGUGGAGAACUCUUUCAACAUGUCCUUGGGCCAGUACUCCAUCGGCUUCGUUGGAACCGUCCUGUCAUGGGUCCUCAUGAAGCACUUCGGCCGUCGCACGCUUUACCUGACCGGGCAGCUCACCAUGUGCCUGACCCUGCUCACCAUCGGCUUCACCUCGCUCGCGGGACGCAGCAACGUCGGCGCCCAGUGGGCGAUCGGCAGCUUGCUUCUCGUGUACACCUUCUUCUACGACUGCACCGUCGGACCCGUGUGCUACUCUCUCGUCUCCGAGCUCAGCUCCACGCGCCUCAAGACCAAGACGGUGGUGCUCGCGAGAAACCUGUACAACAUCACGGGCAUCGUGACCAACAUCCUCACGCCCAACAUGCUGAACCCGUCGGCGUGGAACUGGGGUGCCAAGGCCGGGUUCUUCUGGGCGGCCACCUGUUUCUUGUGUUUCGUGUGGACAUAUUUCCGCCUGCCGGAACCCAAGGACAGGACAUACCUCGACCUCGAUGUCCUCUUUGAGAGGGGCGUGUCGGCGAGGAAAUUUAGCAAGACAUCGGUCAGCAGUUUGAGAGAUGAGCACGUUGAGUCGUCUGUGAAUUCCGUCAAGGAACAUGGGGUGACUCAGAUUGAGAAAAGGUUGACCUCAUGA